UUGUUGAGAUGGAAGAGAUCUACAAUUCUUACAAUAAUAUCAAGUACAAUUACACUGCUGACAACAUUUAAUUUAGGAGCUUUUCUCCACAUGAAGACCUUUGUACUAAAACAGGCAGCUGUUUAUCCAAGAUCUCUACUUCUUGGCUGUUUGGUCAUGGGUUGUUUCUAUUCAGUUAUAUCAGUAUCAAAGGACUUAGCAGACGUUGAAGGAGACAAAGCAUUGGGCCUCAAAACUUUGGCAAUACGUUUGGGUGUUAAGAAGGUAUUUUGGUUAUGCAUUUCACUUAUUCAAAUGGCUUAUGGAGUUGCUAUUACAUUGGGAGCAUUAUCUCCUUCUCUAUGGAGCAAAAUUUUCACGGUUUUGGCACAUGCCAUCAUGGUUUUGGUCGUUUGGAAUCAUGCCAGUUCUGUAGAUUUAUCAAAUAAAGAUUCGUUGCAGGCAUUUCAUAUGUUUGUGUUUAAGCUUGUGUAUGUGGAAAACAUCCUCGUACUAUUUGUACGAUGAAGAAUUGAGGAGAUUAGGGGUGUAUAUGGUUCAACUCGGUCCUGAACACUUUAGGAACUAAUUUGGUGUGAUUUUAUCGGAUUUAGGGUCGGGUAAGAGUCUCAAAAAUAGACCCGAUCAUUAUUUCGAGUCGGGUUCGGACCAUAGCUCGGAUCACCCGAACUCGGCCCGGUCAUCAUACACAAUUAAUAUUUUGUGUUAUUAGUGAUAGAUCAUGACUAUUCUU